AUGGUGAUCAAAGGGGAUAAUGACCAUAGAUCAUAUUCUGUAGCUUCAACACCAUCUCUACAAAAUUAUGAUCAACAAACCGAAUAUCUUCCACCUAAACCUCAUUCACAUCCAAACUAUAACCAGAAUAAAACCAAUCGCCCUGAUUAUUCCGAAAGGAGAACAUGUAACGAACUUCGUGAUAAAUAUAUCGCAGAUAAUCAAACAAAAAAUGGAUAUGUCGAGCCGAAAGGAUGUAAUCCAGGGCUGCACGUCGGGGUCGGUGAUGUUAUAGGAUUACAGUAUCACCUUGAUCGCGGAGAUCCCUCCAAAAGCAAAUAUAUGUACAGAUGCAUUAAUGAAUCUCUGGUACAUAUAGCGUCAGCUUAUUGCGAAGGGAAAUUACUAUCAAGUAUGUUAAAAACUUUGCAACAAUACGAAGCGGAUUUUGAGGCGAAAAGCGGCGAUAAAAAAACUGCCCUUCAUCGAUUAUAUGAUAACUCCAAGUUAAAAAAAGAUAUAAAUGAGAAAAAUAAAUUGGAUAAAUAUGUAAAAUACAUGGUAGAGGCAAUCGAGAUACUAUCGUUGUUCUUGGCUAUAAAAUAUGAAUGGCCCAAUGAUGUUAUCCAAGUGAUGCUGAAAAAAGGUGCGGAUGCCAGAAUAUGGGAUGAUGGUAAGAAAAUGAAUAUAUUAUGCCUGGCAGUCCAAGAGAAGAAGCAAGCGUUGGUAAAAUGGUUAUUGGAGCACGUUCAGUGCUUAUCAGAACCUCAUAGUAUAAAGAUGGCCAAACGACAUGACCCAAGUUUCAUAGGAAAAUUCACGUUUUCUUUGAAGAAUGGAACGGGUCGAAAACUGGACGCUAUGAGUAAUUAUGAAAACUAUCCACCGAAGCUUGACAGGAAACAAGAACAAGAAGAAAUGCAAUCUGAAAAACCAUGGUUCAUUGAAGAAAUCAAAAAGAAAUAUGGUGGAGGCAAUAACGAUAA